CCAGUUGUGUUGAGAGAGCUGACAGAGGACCACUUUCACAUCUUUACUGAAACCACCUGAAUAUCAAGCAGGAACAAGGACUCCAUGGAUUUCCAAAUUGCAAAGAAAAAUCAAAGCCUCACCACAAGUGAGGAGAUGAGAAACCAAAUCCAGCUUGUAAUGCAGCCGUAUGCCAAUUGGGAGCAGUAUCUGACUCCUGCUCCACUCUCCAUAGCCAUCCUGGGAGAGCUGGUCUUCAUCUCCUCUAGUGCAGAUUUUUCCAUCAACAAAAACCCACCUAAAGGUGGCUACAACUACAUCAGAUACCCAGAUUCAUUUCGUGCCUGCCUCAUGCAGGUGUGUAACUCUGGCUGGGUGGCUUUUAACGAGGCCCAUAAGAACAUGGAUCAGAUUAGACUCCAUACUAUGGUAGUUCCAGAUUAUAUGAAGACAGCUGUAAAGAUCUUAUUCCAAGACAAUGAUGAGGUUGUUCAAGCUCACCUCCCUGACCAGCUGGAGAACAUCCGUGUCAUUGCAGAUGACUGUCUUCAGCUGGCAGAUUCAACAGAAAAGCGUUUCACCGAUGUCAUUAAUAUUAUCCAAGAACUGCUUGAAGCUUGUGUAAAUGCUCAAUACUUUUAUGGAGAGGAGCUGGAUGCCAUCAAGAAGAAACUGGAGGAGGCCAAGAUGAGGAAACAGUCAUCAGAAGAAGCCAUGAAAUACUCACAGAAGGCAGUGAAAGCCAUGGAACAGGAACUGAAGGAAGCACAUGAAAGUUACAAGAAAGCACUAGAUUCACUACCCAGUGGAUGGGAAAUGAUUGGUAUGGAUCUUGCUGAAGGUUUGUCUGAGAGCUUCACAACUCUUGUUAAUGGACUAACAUCCAUGGUAUCUCAACCAGCGACCCAAAUCUGUAAUGUUUCAAAAAAGAUUUCUGAUAUGGCAGGUCAAGGGCCAAAAUCUGCUGCUGAUAAUAUUGAUGAAAUCAAUAUUUACAGCAAGUCUGCAGAAAUUCUAAAGUGCACAGAGAACAUUCAGAUGUUUGUGAAAGAGGACACAAUCAACUGGAAAGACUUGUAUGAUCAAAAGAAUAAAGCUGCAGUGACAGAUUUUCAGGUAAAACAGUUCACCAGAAUCAAGGAGAAUUUAAAAGGAGUCCCAAAUUGCAAAACAAAAGAUGAUGUUCUGAACCUUUGUGAUGAAGGUAUUAAAAUAUGUGCAGAACUAGCAAAGUAUGCACCAGAUGGAAAAUGUGAAGAUGCCAAAAGAAAGGAGCUGAUUGAAAGGAUAAAAAAACUUACUGAAUCUGCUCGUGUUUUUGACACCAAAAGUAAAGACAUCACAAAGUCUCCUGCCCUGAGUCCCAAACCACCAAUGAUGUCCAAAGAGGAAAAUAAAUCUCAGAAAGCGAGCACUUCACAAAGAGCAUCAGACAAUGCCAGGUUCCGCAUCGAACAGAGCCAUGUUCAACUGGACAAGACCAGAGAAUGCUAUGAGAAGAGUGUAGAGAACAUGGAGAAGAACCAAAAGGAGCUGACUGAAAUUCUGAUCACCAUGAGAAACUGUGAGAUCAAAGAGAUAGACUUUAACACAACUAUACAAAUGCUGGUGAAAGGUAUGGAUGCCAUGGGGAGAGUGAAAGAGCAGUGGGAGAAGAUGGUACACUUUUUUCAGAUGGUGUCCAACAUCGUGAAAACCAGCCUGACCAGAACCCUUAAAGAUUUUGUCUCCACAUCUGAGAAAACACGUUCACUUUCUUACAAUGCAAAGCUCUUCUCCAAAGAUCUUCUCUACAAACAAGCCUUUCAGGCAACUAACAUAUCCAGCCUAGUCCACAUGAUCUCAGCAACUUACACUGAGAUUUCUGCCAAGCACAUCAUGGAUCGUGUCAGCUCUCUGGGAAAACUGAUGGCCAUGGACAAAAACAAGCCUGAGUUUCUUUCUGAGCGUCAGAAGUUAGAGAACUUCUGUGACGAAGCGCAAAAAGCCAUCUUACGUCUUGUUCUUAAGAACAAAGAGGAGUUUGAAAGGAAGAGUGCUGCAAGACUGGAGAAGAUUGAUAAAGAGCUGCUUGCUAUACUCCCUGCUGCUGCUCCAGAAGAGAAAAAGAGCAUUCAAGAGGCUGUUAUAAGAGGAUUUACAGAGGAAGAGGAAGCAGCUUAUGCAUGAGUACAUAAACAAAGAAAAAUCCUACUUUUCUAUAAUUAUAUUCAGUAAAAAAAAUAAAACAUAUAUAACAAUAUAUUAUAUAGUAGUGUGUCAUUGUCAGCAAAAAACAUGAUUGCAAUUUAUAUGUCCAGCUAAAAAACAAUGCUACAACAUUUAUCAC